AUGGCACGCGCUACAUCCCCUGGGACGAUAGAACGAGGUAUUCAGGUCCAGUCCCGCGUCCUCGAUCCGACUGACCUUGGGCGUUCAGGCAGUUCCUAUCUAUCGUCUCCGGACACUCCCUCGACCGCUUUUCCCGAACGACUGAUCCGUCCUCUUCCUAAACGAUCGAUAAAGUCUCGCCUGUCUCAGGAGGCCGCCGAGUCCAUUACCUAUCCUCCGUCGUUACCCUCGACGACCCUUCCCUCGUAUGCUCAUUAUGGUGAAAAUGGAGAUUAUCCAAAUGACAGCAAGGUGUUAGUCCACCAUCACAGUGACGGUUACGAUCAUGACCAUGACCAUGACCAUGACCAUGACCACGACUCUGAUCACCAUGACCAUGAUUGCCCGCAUCAUCACCAUCAUUGCCACCACGAUGAUUACGACGAUGACCUGGACGACCUUGACAGCAUAGUGCCCGUCUCUCACUACCUGUCCUCAUCCCCGCGCAGUGGACGCCAUCCCAGAUAUUCCAAAGGCAGUAUUUCAGGGCCCGAUGGUUAUGAGGCGUUCGAAAACACAAACAAUAAAAAGAAACGAAAAAUACCAACCUCCGGCAGCUUAAAUCUGCACCACUCGAGCAUGACGAAUGAGUUUUCGCACAUGGGCCUCAACCACGACGGAUCCGCCGACGACGCCCAUUACAACGUGAAAAACACUAGUGGCAAUGCUGGUCUUGGACUCCAGGGCGCUGGUAGAGGGCGUAAUGCAAGAAAAUUCCCGGGAAGAAACCCAUUAGGUGUUUCGGUCAAUGGCUCCAAUGCCCGAUCAUUUCCCUCCAAAUACGACCAAAGUCUGACGAAUAAUACCAAAGCCGAGGACACCAAAGAUCAAGGGAUCAUUUCUGCGGCAAUUGCAAAUGCUACCGCUUUGCUGAGGAAGCCUCUUGGGAAAGGCCAGGAGAAUGUGGGCGUUCUCGACCAGCAGGCCAAACAAGCACACUCGACUUCGCAAUUCACGUUUACUUGUGAGACAGACGCCAAAGGUGUGACGUUUCCGGAGCAAAGCCUGUACUCGCCAGGAUACAAUCAGCGCAAUAUAGCGCCACAUGCACCGUCAGGCACAUCCUCAAAGAGCGCUCAGACAGCCCAGUCCAGCAUGCCGCCAACCAACGCUCCGACAAAUUCGACUGCCCCCAAUGCGAGUGGUGGCAAUGCGCAGGGCAAGAAGCCACGAAGAAGGAAGGGAGAUGUGUAUGUACUGGCAGCCCGACAGCGGCGGCUUCAGCAAGAGUACAACAAUCUCCAACAUCCUCCCGCGCCAGAGGACAUCUGGAUAUGCGAGUUCUGCGAAUACGAGAGCAUUUUCGGAGAGCCGCCACAUGCUCUAAUCCGGCAGUAUGAGAUCAAGGAUCGAAAAGAACGACGACGAUUGGCAGAGAAGAGGCGGCUAUUGGAAAAGGCAAAGCUGAAGGGGAGAAAAGGGCAUCGGAAGCUGAAGAAAUCAUCCCAAACUCAUCAGCCGACUCCUCCAGAAGAGCCUUUGCCCGAAUUCGCAGACAAUCAUCUGGAUCAACUUGUGGACGAUGGUUUGGAUGAUACGUACGACGAUCCAGUACCGGUGCAAGCUCCAGCCGCAUCAGCAAACACCAAACAGCCUGGAAUGGGAGGAGCAAACGCCAACAGUGACAAAGCCGGCGGAACAGGAGGCGGCGGAGGAGGGAUACGAUGA